UGUUUCAUUUGUAUGGAGAAAUUGCGCGAUGCCCGCCUAUGUCCACAUUGCUCCAAGCUGUGCUGUUUCAGUUGCAUUCGGCGCUGGCUGACAGAACAAAGAGCCCAGUGCCCUCACUGUCGGGCUCCACUCCAGCUGCGGGAGCUUGUCAACUGUCGCUGGGCUGAGGAAGUGACCCAGCAGCUCGACACACUUCAGCUAUGCAACCUCAACAAGCAGGAAGAAAACGAAAAGGACAAGUGUGAAAAUCAUCAUGAGAAACUGAGUGUGUUUUGUUGGACGUGUAAGAAAUGCAUCUGCCACCAGUGCGCUCUCUGGGGAGGGAUGCACGGGGGGCAUACGUUUAAGCCAUUAGCUGAAAUUUAUGAACAACAUGUCACAAAAGUGAAUGAAGAAGUGGCAAAGCUUCGCCGGAGGCUCAUGGAGCUGAUCAGUUUGGAGCAAGAAGUGGAAAGGAAUGUAGAAGCUGUGCGCAGUGCGAAGGAGGAGCGUGUUCGAGAAAUCAGAAAUGCAGUGGAGAUGAUGAUUGCUAGGUUAGACACUCAGCUGAAGAACAAACUUAUAACGCUAAUGGGGCAAAAGACUUCACUCACCCAAGAAACUGAACUCCUAGAGUCGCUGCUGCAAGAAGUAGAGCACCAGCUACGUUCAUGCAGUAAAAGUGAACUGAUACUGAAAAGCUCGGAGAUCUUGAUGAUGUUCCAGCAAGUACACAGGAAGCCCAUGGCCUCUUUUGUCACUACGCCUGUCCCUCCAGACUUCACAAGUGAGUUAGUACCAGCCUAUGAUUCGACUACCUUUGUCUUGGAGAAUUUCAGCACUUUGCGCCAGCGAGCAGAUCCUGUCUACAGUCCACCUCUUCAAGUUUCUGGGCUAUGCUGGAGGUUAAAGGUUUAUCCAGAUGGAAAUGGAGUUGUUCGAGGCUACUAUUUGUCUGUCUUUCUUGAGCUUUCAGCUGGAUUACCGGAAACAUCCAAGUAUGAGUACCGUGUGGAAAUGGUCCAUCAAUCCACAAACGAUUCUUCUAAAAACAUCAUUCGAGAAUUUGCAUCUGAUUUUGAAGUCGGGGAGUGCUGGGGUUACAACAGGUUCUUUCGGUUGGACUUGCUUGCCAAUGAAGGCUACCUGAACAGGCAAAACGACACAGUCAUAUUGAGGUUCCAGGUGCGUUCACCUACCUUCUUCCAGAAAUGUCGGGACCAGCACUGGUACAUUUCUCAGCUAGAAGCUGCUCAGUCAAGCAAUGUCCAACAAAUAAAUAAUCUCAAAGAGAGGCUUGCAAUCGAGCUGUCCCGUACCCAGAAAGCCCACAGCAUGUCUCCUCCGGACACUCAUCUCAGCCCUCAAAGUGAUGGUGGCCCAGAAGCAAGACCCAAAAAGUCGGGACCAAACUCAGAAUUGCGUCUUGAGACUGUGGCUGCAACAGCAGGUCCUCGAGAUGCCAAGGACGAGGAAGAGGAGAAGGGGCAUUAUGAAGAUUUUAAUCAUGAACUCUCAGAUGGAGAUCUGGAUGUUGAUGUUGCUGGGGAGGAUGAGAUGAACCACCUGGAUGACAGCAGUUCCUCGGCUAGCUCAACAGUGACCAGCAACACAGAAGAGAACGAUAUAGACGAAGAGACCAUGUCUGGAGAGAAUGAUGUGGAAUACAGCAACCACAUGGAGCUGGAGGAAGGAAACCUCAUGGAGGAAGCAGCUUGUGCUACUGCCAGUGCUUCAAGUGGGAGCCAUGGCUAUCCUACCACAGGUAGCCGCAUGUCAAGGCGGGGAGGAAGUGCGCUGGGCUCUUCUUCCAGUACCGGUUUACUUGACAUAGACCCCUUGACUUUAAUACACUUGUUGGACUUGAAAGACAGAAAUGGGUUGGAAAACUUGUGGGGGCUACAGCCACGCCCUCCAGCUUCACUUUUGCAGAACAGAGCAUCUUAUUCUCUGAAAGAGCGGGAUCAGCGGAGGCACCAGGCCAUGUGGCGUGUCUCACCAGACUUGAAGAUGCUGAAGAGGUUGAAAAGUCAGAUGGCCGAGGUCCGCAGUAAAAUGUCGGAUGUGAAGAACCAGCUGUCAGAGGUCCGGAGCGGCAACACCACAUCGUCCGAUGGGCAACCUGCUUACUUCUCCGGUGACCAGGGAGCCUUAGCUGCAUGUGGGGCGGAGAGCUACAGCAAGCUGCAAGAGCUUGCACGGGAGGUGCUGAUGAAAUCAUUGCUCUCAGGCUACUGCAUACAGAACUCUACACACAAGAAAAGCCAUUCCGCCAAAGCUGGUCGAAGUGGGGCAGCAGGCAGCUUGUCUCUGCGAAGAGCCAUGGACGGUGGGGAUGGGAGUCUUCUUCGCUCCAAGGGAGACUGCCAGAGCUCCUCUGAAGGGAGCGUGAAGCCCAGCAGCCGACAUGGCUCCCCCAGGUGCUUGACUAGCAGCUGUGCCUCAGAGGUGCUGGCAAAGCCUGAAGACAGGCAUUGGGAAGCCUCUGAUUCUGAUGCCAGGGCUUCUGGUUCAAAUGGCAUCAUGCCGGUGGAUAAAGCAAGGACAAUCGUAGCACUGGGGUCCAAUUCAAACAGAUGCCGUCUGGAAGGAACGGAGUCAGCUGAUUUGGAAAACAACACUGAAACUGGAGAGCUGCCUCCUGGGCUUUCUGUAGGCACCUUGGCAGGCCCAGAAGAAGCUGGGCUUUGCCCGAAGCACGUCCUUCACCUCCUGCCCGGCAUGAGCAGCGACAGUGACAUUGAAUGUGACACGGAGAAUGAGCAGGAGGAUGUGGAAGCUGCCAGUGCCUCCUCAGAUGUCUUCAAUCAGGCUUUCCGGGCCCCAGCUUCCAGUGAAGGGGGAUGAAGUAGGCUCUGAUGACCUCCCGUUUGCUACUGGCAAAGACUGCACAAGGUAAUUGGCUCCUUAACUAUCAGUAAGUCGCAUUCAGUACAGUACCAGAAGGCUCCCCGCGAAAGGACACUGCAGCAUCUCUCAGUACAGCCACCCAUGAACCAAGCCCUGCCUCAGGGAAACUGCCUUUGAUAUCAGCAUCUUGCUACUUGACGGACCUCUUGUAAUAGUGGGAGAUUAGCAGGUCUUUCCUGCCCCUUCCCAAAAGCAGAUUGACUUUGGGCUUUAUCACUGCAAUACUGAUCAGCCCUGAUGACAAACGUUUGUCAGGUCCCGUUUGGCCAGACCCCAGGAGCUUCCUAAGGUGCAAGGCGUGCAGACACAUCCUUGUACUCCUGCUGCAUUGUGGCUUUGUGCUGCCAUGGACUGGUGAUAAAGAGCUCCCUGUGAUCCUCUCUCUCUCUGCCAGGUAGAGCAUCUACUGGGAGGGGCUGCCUGAAGCUGGAUUGGCACACACACCCGCCUGUCUCCCUUGGAGAUGGGCACAACCCUGCCCAGGGGCUGUUUCCGGUAACAUCUUGUGCACGCGUCUCCUUUUUCCUCUCUCCUUUUGCGCUGAGGAUCUUCUUGUACUGCUUUUCUCAACCUGCUCAGUUGCUGGUGCUGCCACAAUAACCUACGUUCUGUGUGCCUCCUAGUGGUGCUGGAACUACAGCCGUGUUCCAUUUUACUACAGAAGUAGUUGGGGGUGGUGGAAGAUGCGAGUCUCUCCCUGCCCCAUGGGGUAAAAUGGCAUGAAUUGACACUAAUAGAGCUGUUCUGCUGGUGAGGCCGAAGCUACUGUAAUGGGAGAGGCCUCUGUACUUCUCCACCUGCCCCCAUCCCUGUUUUGGCCAGUUGGGAACACUUGUUGCCAAACCCUGUGCCACUGUGCAUUGUGCACUUGAGCUGCUAAAGAUGAUGUGAGCUGUGCUGAAUUGGCUGUUCCCUUAAAAAGCAUGAAUUGCUGUAUCAAUGUUGUGUGUGUCCUUAUGUCUAACUGAAUGUUAUACUGAACAAAGUAUUCUUAAGUGAUGUUUAAAGUGCUGUAAAAAUUCAUAUAGUUGAGUUGUCUGCCCUGUUUUUAAUUAAUAAAAUGAACCUGGAAAUGA